UGGAGCAACAGUGUAAUCGUAGAUUUACAACGUGUGUGUAUGAACAUUUUACAUUGUUUUUAUUUUUUUGUUGGAUUGUUCGUAGGGCUUCGAUCUCAGAAUAUUGACUGUUCUGCUGGGAGUCUGAUUGAUUAAGGAUUAGAAUAUUUGAAUGCUGUUACUAGGGUGCAUUUUCACAGGGGACAAUGAGUUCCAGGUAAAGGGCUGCAGCUGCAUAGUAAUGCCCCACCCUAGAAAAGAAAAUGGACUAACUCCAGCCGGGAAGAAAACCCAGCACAAUCCAAUCUUUCACAUCUAGAUUGAAGACUUAUCUGUUGCCAUGGCAUCGCUGAGGGGGAUCUACUUCCUGACCACCCUGUUCCUGGGUAGUUUCUUCGGCAGUGUAUUCAUGCUCGCCCCCUUCCUGCCUCUCAUGCUGAUCUCUCCUGCCUGGUACCGCUGGCUGACCGACCGCAUCGUGGCCAUCUGGCUUACUCUCCCCGUGGCUCUCUUGGAGAUGGUGUUUGGUGCGAAGGUGGUGAUCACGGGCGAUGGCUUCAUCCCUGGUGAGCGCAGUGUGAUCAUCAUGAACCACCGCACGCGCCUCGAUUGGAUGUUCCUGUGGAACUGCCUCCUGCGCUACAGCUACCUGCGGCUGGAGAAAAUCUGCCUCAAGGCCACGCUCAAGGCAGUCCCUGGAUUCGGCUGGGCCAUGCAGGUCGCUUCCUUCAUCUUCAUUCACAGGAAAUGGGAGGACGACCGGCGCCACGUAGGGGCCAUGCUGGAGUACUUCUGUGACAUCCGAGAACCCCUGCAGCUGCUCAUCUUCCCCGAGGGCACUGACCUGACAGCUAACACUCGAGCACGCAGCGAUGUCUUUGCAGAGAAGAACGGGUUGCAGAAGUACGAGUAUGUGCUGCACCCCCGGACCACCGGCUUCACCUUCAUCGUAGAGAGUCUGCGCAAAGGUGAUAACCUAGAUGCUGUCCAUGACAUCACAGUGGCAUACCCCCAGAACAUACCCCAGACAGAGCGCCACCUGGUGACGGGACAAUUCCCCCGCGAGAUCCACUUCCACGUGCAGCGCUACCCUGUGAAGGCUCUGCCCGAGGGCACAACGGAGCUGCAGGACUGGUGCCAGGAGCGGUGGUGGGAGAAGGAGCAGCGCCUGCGGGACUUCUACACUGGUGGGCACUGUUUUGACACCUCUGGCCGCAGCCGCAUUCCGCCCUGCAAGUCUGAGUUGCGGGUGAUGCUGAUCAAGAUGGCCUCGCUGGUGUACUGGACAGGCUUCAUCACGCUCUCCUUCGCGGCACUCUACUACUCCAGCCUGCUGCGCUACUACCUCCUGCUCGUCACAGUGUUCUUUCUGGCUCAGGAGAGAGUGGUUGGGGGCCUGGAGGUGCUGGAGCUGGCCUGCCAUCGCUGGUGGAAUCUCCCGGAGAAAUCAGCUGCGGCAGCGAACGAGACAGAGAAGAACAAGUGAGGGAGUGAGGAUGAGGAGAAAACGGACAAACUGACGUUCCCAGGAACAGCAAUUCAAUCUGAGGUACCCGCAGGUGAGCAGUGAGGCGGCUGCUUGCUUACUCCUCCAUCACACGUAGGACUAAAUCAGGCACUAUGGGAGAAUGAGGAGUGAAAAUAGGAAUGCACCUCACAGGCUGCCAUCUGUGAGUUUAGCAGGACCCAGACUGAACUUGUUUAUUACAGUCAUGUUUUUCUCAGUUUAUUUUUUUUUUAGAUUGUUCCACUGGUAGGUUAGACGAUCGAGAGCAAACACCUUUUAAUUUUUGUUGUUUGUGUUGUGGAUACAAGGAAUAGAGCCAUACGCACACACACACACACACACACACACAUGCACACAGGCAUGCAUGCAUACAUUUUCAAAGUUCUGCUUUCAUUCAUGCUGUUAAACAUAAAUUAGGUAGCCAGGAGUAAAUGGUUAAUUUUUUUUGUUUUAGUACUUCAGUUUAUUCGUUGACCAGCAGCUGACCAGUUGUGUCCAGGUUGGAGACACCCAAGCUAAGGAAAAUCACAACAAAUGAAAUAAGUGUCAAUCAUACCUGACUUUGAAUAUCUCCUCCCCACUCAAUCAUGGCUUGUCAUCAGCUCAGCAGGUCAGAAAUGGUCAUAAACUCACAAAAGUGGUGAGACUAGUUAUUGGUGUAUAAUUAACAGAAAUCUAUUAAAAUACAUUACUCUAAAAAGCAAGUGAUUUAGUAUAAUAUUUUCGUGAACCCCUGAAAAAUAAGUCGGUAAGGAGCAAGCCAAGUUUAUACCACCUUGCCUUUGUCCCCAUGUCCAGCCUCUUAUUCAGUAUCUCAGAGAGCCAACCACAUGUCAUUCCCCUUCCCACCUCGCUGUAGUACCUCCCUGGCUGGGCAAACUAAAGAGAGACUGGCUACCUUAUGAUGAGUACUGUAGCCAGGGAUUUGUAAUGGAAACAGACCAGCAUAGUUUAGCGUGACCUGGGAAUUGUCUGCUGGAACUGUAGCGUAUUUGCACAGGGAACAGUUUCGCCCAGGAUGGGGGGGGGGCUCUGCUCUCAGGACUCUUGGGCACAUUCAGUGCUCCACCCUGGAACCCUCUGUGUCACAGUCCUGUCCUCCAACCUCGCUGUGCCUCCUCCACACGCAGUAAGACCCUCUGAGAAACACUGCUGCCAUCCUGCCUCCAGAGCUGUAAUGGGGUCUCAUGCUGGUUAAACAAGAAAGAAUUCGAUCGAAUGUUAUUGAAAAAUGCAAUGAGAUCAGUUAGAAUCUGACCAGCCCCCUCUCUCCUUUAAAUGGCCCUGUUUACCUGUCUACCAAGUAGGUGAUUUUUCUUUAGAGAAAUUACAGCCCUCUCCCUCCUUAAGUGUCCCUAUUAACCGUGCCUUGGUUAGAAACAUUGCUGUAUUUAAAUCUGCAAACCAAGUUUUGAAAGAAGUGGUGGGGAAGGCAGUAGUCUUGUAUCAAUUGAUCCCAUCGCAUUUUAAUUUAAAAAAAUCUCAUUGCAAUUAAAAGUAGAAAUGUACAGUAGACCUUAUAAGAGUAGCUGGAUAUUCUGGUGUUGCUAAGAUGUAAAGAUAGAAAUGAUCUGAACUGAAAUGAAUCUGAAGAAUUGAGCAAAAGUGAAGAGACCCACAACAGCCAGGCUUACUGUGUAUUACAAUAUUAUUCCAAUAUAUCGUAGACGAUGAUAUUGAUGUGAUACAGCCAUCUGACAUGUCUUUGUAUCAGAAGUAAAUGAUGUUGCAUUAAAAGUAGCUGUACUGUUUAUUCUUAUUUAACUAUAUAUUAUAAAAAGGGUAUUACAGGGUGCUGUGUAAGAGACAAGCUGAUUUUCACCCACUCAAGGUCAGAGUUUCCAGUAAGCCCACUCAUGGCAAGGCCACUUGUGGAGUGGGUAUCAACUUGUAUCCUACAAAUCCCUGUACCAUAUUAAAUAUGUAAUACACAUUGAAACAAUGCACACAGAUUUCUUAUGAAAUCAGAGGGAAGGACGUGGGAAACCAAGCAGCUCCUUUUGGAAUUCCUGUGAAUUUUUAAGCCAUUAUUAUUGCGCUUUUUUAAUUUUUAGCAGCUUAUUUUAGAAACACAAACAUGCGACAAGUCACUUAGUUUUGGGCUCUUCUUGUAUGUUUGCUUACUCUUUGUGUUUCAGCUCGACCUGUGUAAUGGGUUAAACAUGUUUAUCUCUUCAAUUUGAUGUACUGGUACCAGUGAAUGUGAGGUUUGUAGCAAAGUCUCUGAUCAUACUGUAUGUAUUCUAUGUAAAUGCACCGUAGAAUGUAAUAAUAAUACACAGGGGUUCAGAUAGCACUUCUGUCAACUACCCUCAUGGGUGAUUAUUGCACAUUUCACUUCAAGUAAAUAGUGGUCCUCAUUCACAGUUUUUAUUGCAUGAAGUUUCCAAAAUGCUUUUCUUUUAUCUUUGUGGAAUUAAGACUGAAAAUCAGAAUGUUAUUGGCACUGUUGAUUUAGGAAUAGUCCUGUUUGCAUUAGAUUUUAAAACCUCAGGAAAAAAAACGAUCGCUGGCUGGAGAUUCAACUCAGAAUAAAACCAUUUUAAACAUG